CAGCGACGCCCAGCCUCAGGGGCGAGGAACUCCCAUCUAUCCACCCUUGCGGGGAAUGUGCUGAUUACUGAUAAACAGGGGAGGUCCUGGCAACAAUCACCUGGACCAAAGCCGUCUGUCUUCUGGCGCCCAGGACGGCGGUCAGGACAGACGCACAGGAGCAGCAGGGGAGCGCGUCCCUGGGGAGCGUGGCAUGUGGACCAGCUGGUGGUUCUGGGCCCUGGCGGCCGUCUGCACUGCAGACCAGUUCCGGGACUCAGCGGUGAGGCUCAUGCAGGCCACGCCUGUCAUUGACGGGCACAAUGACCUGCCCUGGCAGCUGCUGAAACUGUUCAACAAUCAGCUUCAGGACCCGAGGGCCAACCUGACCAGCCUGGCCCACACGCACACCAACAUCCCCAAGCUGAAGGCUGGCUUUGUGGGUGCCCAGUUCUGGUCUGCGUACGUGCCCUGCGACACCCAGAACAAGGAUGCCGUGAAGAGGACGCUGGAGCAGAUCGACGUCAUCCAGCGCAUGUGCCAGCUGUACCCCGACACCUUCCGGUGUGUCACCGACAGCACAGGCAUCCGGCAGGCCUUCCGGGAGGGAAAGGUGGCCAGUCUGGUCGGCGUGGAGGGCGGCCACUCCAUCGACAGCAGCCUGGGCGUCCUGCGGGCGCUCUACCACCUGGGCAUGCGGUACCUGACUCUCACCCACUCCUGCAACACGCCCUGGGCCGACAACUGGCUGGUGGACACGGGAGAAGACAAGGCCCGCAGCCAAGGCCUGUCACUCUUUGGGCAGAGCGUCGUGAAGGAGAUGAACCGACUGGGCGUCAUCAUCGACUUGGCCCACACGUCCAUGGCCACCAUGAAGGCCGUGCUGCAGCUGUCCAAGGCCCCCGUGGUCUUCAGCCACUCCUCGGCCUACAGCGUGUGCCAGCACCGGCGCAACGUGCCUGACGACGUGCUCCAGCUGGUGAAGCGGACGGGCAGCCUAGUGAUGGUGAACUUCUACAAUGACUACGUUUCCUGCAGAGCGGAGGCCAACUUGUCCCAAGUGGCAGAUCACCUGGACCACAUCAAGAAGGUGGCGGGGGCCGGAGCCGUGGGCUUGGGUGGGGACUACGACGGUGUGUCCAGGCUCCCCUCGGGGCUUAAGGACGUGUCCAAGUAUCCAGACCUGGUGGCGGAGCUGCUGAGGAGACAGUGGACCGAGGCAGAGGUCAAGGGCGCCCUGGCCAACAACCUGCUGAGGGUCUUCGAGGCGGUGGAGCAGGCGAGCAGGCACACGCAGCCUCCUGGCGAGGAGCCCAUCCCCUUGGACCAACUGGAGGCCUCCUGCAGGACCAGCUACGGCUACUCAGGGGCCCCCAGCCUCCACCUCCAGCCGGGGGCCCUGCUGGCCUCCCUCGCGCUCCUCGUCCUCUGCCUGUGUCCCCUCUGACGCCCUGGCGGCUGGAACGGCAGCGACUCCCUGUGCGCUCAGACUGGCCUGUCCUGGGCAGGCACCUGCGCUCCCCUGGGCAGCGCAGAACACAGGCACAGCGGGACCCUCAAUAAAGUCGCCGAUCCUUCGA